GAAAAUGAAGAGAAUAAUUAUCUUCCUCUUGUUAAUCAGCUUUGUUAUGCCUAACCAGUGCAAGGAUGAUGAACAAGAGGCAGGCUCAUCUAUUUCAGGCUACUUCGAAAUUCCAGGGACGACUGCCUCAUACCUUCUAGAUAUUUUGGUAGAUCAAGAUGGAGGUUUACUGUAUUUUAUUGGAAAUUUCCAUAUCGGACCCUCACCCUAUACGAUUAUUUAUAAAUGAGAUCAUAAUUUACAAAAGCUUAAAGUGGUAUCCUAUAAUUUGCAUGGUUCAUAUAUUUCAUAUGUCAUUGAUCCUAAUGGAGAUUUCAUCUAUGUUCAAGAUAAGUCUAGUCAUAAAAUUUUUGAAAUCAGCACUAUUAAUAAUCUUCAGAUUACCAGAGAGCUAACUCUGAGCUCAUCAUUAGUUACUGACAAUUCAGAGAUGCAAAUCAAAGAGCAUCUCUACUUUAGCAUGAAGAUAAGCUCAGUUAUGCAAACAUGCAGAUGGGAUAGGUCCACUACUAAUCUGGACUGACUAAGUUUUGGAGCUGAUAGUUAUACCAACUUCGCUCCGAUAAGCAAUGAUCUCUUGUUCUUUGGAUCAUCGGAGGUCUCAGCUGAUAAGUACUACUUGGUAAAUUAUAACUUCUCUGAUCCCUCAAAUUUUAUCUGGAAGAAAAGUAUUGAGUGUCUAGGCAUUGGCUGUGUUAGCAAGAUUAGUUCUUCUAUUAUCAGCCAAGAUGAAGACUGGAUUUUUACAAUGAUUUUGUACAAUUCCAAUUAUAUUUUCCAUAAACUAAACAUAACUGAUGGGGCGCCUGAUAAUGCAGGGUUCAUCUGGAACGAUAGUGGAUUCAGAAUGGCGUAUUCGAUAAAUGAAUUUUAUGAUUUCAUUGCCAUUCAGAUUUAUAGUUGGUCGCUUCCAAACAGUGCUAGACUAAUCUUGAUUGACAAGGAUAAUACGAAAAUUUAUAAAGAGUACAAAGUUCUUAAUUCCAUACCUCAUGCAGCUGGAAGAUUAGUAUAUAAAGGACAAGAGUUGAUAUACCAUGCUGGAGUUUAUUUAAUCGCAACAAGGUUUUUAUUAGAAAGAUCCCCUGUUGCCAAUAUCGACCAACUCCCAGAAUUCGCUCAAGAUACUCCUCUUUUUAGUGCAAUUACUACAAGCUACCAAGUUUCUGAGACAUUAUCCAAUCCAAGCAUCAGUACGAGCACAAAAACAUUAGGUAUUUCAACUUCUACCACUGUUACUAUAACUGACAGGACUUCAACAGUUAAUCCUUCUUUCAAGACUUAUGUUGCUUUAUGGAAUACAGAUCAUGCUCAAUCAGUCCAGAGUAAUGCCUUAGUACCUCUAAACUUUACAUGGGCUUGAUCUCCUGCUGUAAAUUACACAAAUAUUGCAUUCAGUUUGUCUCAAACUGGAGGUAAUGCACUUCCUGAGUGGGUAGAAUUAGACAGCAACAAUCUUGAGUUGCAUCUCAAUAAAACUCCAAAAUUGGCUGAAACAAAGACUUUCUAUUUUUCUCUUCAGAUUUCAUUUCUCAGCGAAAUUCAUGAGAAGAUAUUUGAGAUUACUGUUGAGCAAUGAAAGAUUGCUAAUUGUCAUCUUUGAGUCCUGAAUAGUCCUAGCUAUUGAGAAAAUUGAGAAGAAGGACAUCAAAGUUCUAAUAAUAAAACUGCUUGAACUAAAAUUCCUGACUUGAAAGAGGAAACGGAGCAUAAAGCCCCAGAUAUUGAAGCAUCUGAAGCUAUUGUAGCUUUGGUAGCUUUAAGUAUAGUAUUUUCUACUGUUUCAUCAAUUCUAUCAUUAUCCUCUAUCAAUUCUAUAUUUUGUACGAUAAACAGCUUGCAACUUGCUAUAUUGUUACCUUUGGUGCCCGACUACUUUUCUCCAAAAGUGAGAGAUUUCCUGAGCGGAACAGACUUCACAAUGUUAUCCUUUGAUUUCAUAAAAUUUAAAGAUAUUCCAUUCGUAGAAACCAUUUCGAAAUGGGUAUCAUAUCCUCAAUCUGAUGAGUAUUUGAACAGUAUUGGGAUGAGAUCAGGCAGUUCCGUAGUGAACUAUUUAUCAUUAAUGGCUAUUUUUAUACUCCUUGGAAUAAUUCAUUUAGGAAUUUAUCUAUGUUAUCUUUGAACAAAGAAUUCACAAAGUAGAAAAUGUAAGAUGAUUUGAAACAAAGCCUACAAAUAUUUUACCUUCAGCAUUUAUAUUCGGAUAUCAAUGCAAGCACUGUUAUUUACUACUUUAUCAAUUCUAUCUGAGCUUUACGGUCUGAAUCUCAGCACAACUGUCACAAAAAUAUCCUUUGGAUUAUGAGCAAUGUUUGGGAUUUGUACAAGCGUUCUGUUUGUUCUUUCAUUUGUUAUGUAUUUCAAGUCUUUUCCUCGCAUAGAUAAAGAAAACUAUUGGUCAUUAUUAGAAUAUUUCAAUGGGGUUAAACUAACGAAAUUCUCCAAACUAUAUUCAACCUUAUUUAUGCUUCUAAGGUUGGCACUUUGAGCAGUCCUGAUAUUAGGAAGGACUAUAUCUUCUCCUGUAAAGGCUACUUAUUUCUAUCUUAUAAAUAUCUGAUAUGGACUAUACCUGAUAAUUGUAAGACCUCUAGAAAAUACUCAAGACAACAUUGUUGAGGUCAUUAAUCAGACUGUAAUCUGCUGUUUGGCUAUACCAUUAUCUUGGAUUGACACAAAAGAAGAAUGGACUCAAUUCUAUGAAACUCUAUACAUAUCUAUUUUCAUUUCAUCUUCUGCAUUAGAAUGCUUAAUAGCAUUUAUUUUCUUGAUAUUUUCAUUAAUUACAUAUUUCUGUAAAAAGAAAGGAAACAAGAAGGAACGAAAUAUUGCUCCAAAAGAGCCUACAGCGAGUAAAAGACCUCCUCAGAAUCAGAGAGAGCUUUAUGAUGGGCCCUCUCCAUCCAUAAGCCAUUCUCCUUCCAUCAUCUGCAGGAGUAAUGCUCCUAUAAUGAAUGAUCUGACUACUCAAAACCGUCCUCAUGAAAGAAUGCAAUCUAACAUAAUUGAGAUGAGAAGAAAGUUUUACCAUCGCACAUAAAUAAUUUUAAUAUCAUUUCUACUUUAAA